AUGGGUGGAUUCAAUAACGUUAUCUUAUCUAAUAGCCACUUUGUUCCUCAUUACAAUGUUUCGGUCGACAUCAAGAGGCUCACCGUCUUGUUGAAAGACAAAGAAACAACAGCAACUAUCUAUCCAAUCUUCUCCCCUGACGAUUUGCCUUUCGAAUUGUUACGUUUCUUGACGCAAGAAUACAAUGACGAAAUAGCUCGAGGUGAUACGCAGCCCUUCUUCGAGCCGCUAACUAUUGACGAAUUUCGCGAUUAUUGGUUUGGUCAGUUCGCAGCUGUCAUGGUCCUCGGAGACCAUUCAACUCUGGAUCUCUCGUGGUCUCACAAAGAAUGGGCCAAGAGAUGUCUUGGCACCUUUUUCAUCAAGGCAAGUUAUCCCGGUCGAUCCGCUCACGUUGCUACAGCAAACGUUCUCGUGAACGCAGGUAUUCGAGAAAAGGGAAUCGGUCGGACGUUGGCGGAGUGUUUUCUUGCGUGGGCCCCGAGAUUAAGCUAUACAUACGCGAUGAUGGAAUUGAUUUUUGAGACCAACGCCCCCGCUAAGGCUGUUUUGGAAGGUCUACAUUUCAAGAAGAUAGGACGCGUCAAAGGAUGUGGACUUUUGAAAAGCAGCAAAGAUUUCCUAAUUGACGCUAUCACAUAUGGAAGGGAACUGGAUCCACCUGAAGUGAAAACUGACCAGAAUUCCAAGUACGAGAAAAUUCGCCAAUUCUUGCUCACUAGGAAGUACCCAGAAGACGCUGACCGACAGGAAAAGUCCCGCUUGCGCGCAUUGGCUUCACAUUAUUCAGUAGAGAGCGGGAAAUUGUACUUGAAGGGGAAAGAAGUUAUCAUCAACCAAAACGAUCAAUUACGUAUUAUAAGAGAGGCACAUGAAAAAGGGCACGGCGGAAUCAACAAAACUACGUCAUAUUUGUGUGACAAGUACCACUGGCCAAAAAUCAAGGAGAUGGUGGCCCAUGUGGUCAAGGCCUGUCCUGACUGCAAGGACCCAACUCGAGCAUCUAUAAAGCGAUCCGAGGUUCCUACUCCCAAGCUUAAAACCAAGUCACCAAAACAGCACCAGUAUUUACAAAACCAAUCACCUCCUUUAUCUCAACAACUUCCAGAUAUCUCUCACAUCUACCAGAGUGCAAACAUGGACUCGUCGAGCUCGUUUAACGAGAUCCUCGCUGGCUCAGGAAUAUCUGACGUCGUUGAAAUGGUUCAACGGCAGAAUCGGCAUCACCAAGAUUCUCAUCAGUCGAACGCUUUUGCCGAGUAUCCUUCCCACUUCCGCCCGCCAACCCCGUCUAAUUUCAAUUACGAUUCUCCAAACGAGAACCCGGAUAUCCCAACACCUGCCGACCCGGCAUCUCUACGGUACAAGGACUCCAGAUCUAUCCCUAUCGAUCCGGCAGUAAGCAAAUCAGAGCACCGGGAAAGACUCGGAACGGAAGAAUCUGCAUCCUCAGAAAUUGACAUGGCCAGGGCUAUCUUGCAUGUGGGCCAAGACCACUCAGACAAUUAA